AUGGAUAUUACAUAUAAUGAAAGUCACCAACAACAACAAAUACAACAAAUUCAACAACAACAACAAGAUAUAGAAUUUGAAAAUAAUAAUAAUGACAAUAUUAGUAUAAAUGCAGAUGAUCACAAUAAAACAAAUAAUAUUAAAAGCGUAAAAAAAAAAGUUCAAAAAAAUAAUAAAAAGAGAAAAUCUGUCAAUUUAAAUGGCAAUAACAAUAACAAUAGUAAUCAACAAAAAAAACAAAAGAAAAAAUAUUCCUUAAUGCAUGAUAAUAACUAUAAAUUAAUCAGUCCCUUUCAAAAGUAUAUAGAAGCUGGUGUUUAUCCAAGUUUAAAAGAAUUAAACACUGAAUUCUAUCAUAUAUUAACUGGGAAAUGUUUGGAAUUAAAAAAUGAAAUAAUCAAUUUAGAAAAAAUGAAUAAAAAUAAUAAUAUUCCCGAUGACUUUGAUUUUAAAAUACAACAUCAACAUCAAGAAUCAGAACUAGAAAAAAUUCAAUUCAAUGAUAGAAAAUUAAUAGAAUUGGCAGUACGUAAAUUUUGUGGCUAUUUAAAUAGGGAAAAUAAUAUGAUUCUAAUGGAAAUGGUGUUAUUAUCAAUAGGUUUAGUUAAAGCAAUCGAAUUUUUACAAUUAACUUUAGAAAUAGAAUCCAAAGGAGGAUUAACAUUUGAAAAAUCUGUAAAUAGUAAUAGUGAUGUAAAUAAUAAUAAUAAUAAUAUAAUAGAAAUAAAAAAAAGAAGUCCUGGUGGUUUAUUUUUUAAAAUGGUCAAUCUUCAUAUACCAAAAGAAAUUAAAACCAGUAUAUUUUCAACAAAUGCUUUAUUUAAAUAUAGAAAAGAAAGAAAUAAAAAUGGUGUUGGUCAAUUACCAGAUUUAAGAAAUUGUUUAAUUAAUAUAGGUUCUAGCAAUAAUAAUAAUAAUAAUAAUACAGAUAAUAAUAAUAAUAAUAAUAAUAUAAAUUUAAUGGAUGAAAUUAAUGGUAUUGAUGAAGAAUUUGAUAAACUUAUUAUUUCAGAGUCAUCUUCAAAUAAUUUAAAUAAUAACGAAAAUAACAAUUAUUUGAAUAAAAACACAAAUGAUGACGACCCAUUCAAUUAA